AUGGGGGUCGCAGCAUGCAGCUGCAAGGAGAUUCCCAUGGAAGAUGUGGGAGGGAAGAUCAGGCCUCUCGUAGAGCUCCUCAAAGAUUGUGGCGGUGUUCUGAAAGCUCCGGACGCUGUCUCGAACAAGGAUUUCCUGAAAGAGCUUGAUUGUACCUUCCCCGAGCUAAGCCUUUACAAACAAGGCCGAAUUCAGACAAGUCCUGGUGUGGAGGAAAUAUCUGACAGCCCGACUGAGUACUACCGAACGGUUGGGGCCAUUAUUGCUCUCUUAGCAUGUUAUGCCUCAGUCAUGGAGGAUGACUUCGGUCUGGAGUGUGUGUCUGCUGGCGAGCGGGGACCAAUGAGCAUGGACAAGGUUCCAGGAAAGUUCAUCAACCUGGGGAACAAGAAAGACGAGUAUCACGACUUCUGCCGAAAGUUUGCAGCUCACAUGACCUGCGAAGAUGACUGGUGGGGCAUGCUCGUUUUUCUGGUAGUGCAUGAUGUUGGCAAGAACGAUGGUUUCCGGCAGGUGGUCAACGAUUCCUUGCCGCUUGACAUGCGCUCGGAUGAUCAUGAUCGGGCACUUGCGUUUGCGCUAGCAGAUGCGGAGCUGAAGAAGCAGCUGCUGCCAACAGUCGCAAAACUGUCUCCUUCGCGGCAGGAGUCCAUCUUGGCAGGCUUCGCCACCAACUUUCAGCUGCCACAGUUAGGUCAAGGAGAAAUAGCUUGCAUCAACUUCAAGGGUUUGCUGGACCUGGACCGGAAGCACUUGAUGAAUGGCACUCUCCAUUACUAUUUCUACCAUUCCAUUUUUGACAUUGCUGGCGCAACCUGCAAUGAGAAAUUCAUCUUCCCAAUUGCUAUGCAACCUGUGUACAUGGGCUUCACGGCUGCCAUGGACGAUCUCAUUUCCAAGCUUGUGGACAAUCCCAAGAUUUACGAUCGGACCUUGUAUUUCAACUUCCUGUACACCAACUUCAAGAAGGCCUAUCCUGACUUCGAGCCAGAAUUUGCCGCCAUGUGCGAGAGCAAUGUGUUUUGCCAUGAGACUGGCCUGGCUGUUUUGCGUAUUUUGGCAUUGACAAGAAACACCUACAAGAACCCGCAGAAGGUUUGUCAACUCCUGCUGGAUGACUUCCUGCCUUUAGUCCAGGAACUGGCGGGAAGCCCUGUUGGUCCUCAAAUCAUGCUCUACUACGGCCCUGACUUGCUCAGGAUGGGACUGGGUGCAGACAUGGCUGACGAGUCUGGUGAGAACAUGGCAGCUGCUUUGACUGCAAUAGACCUGAUCUACAGGACAGCCAGAAGAACCUUGAUCCUGGCCAAGAGCGGCGACUACCAGUACCAGCUGAAUGUGUCGCCAAUUGUCCAGGCAAUCAAGAAAGCUGGUAAGGAAUGGCAAGGAGGCAAGCAGCUCCUCGACACGGUCCAGGCACUGAAGAUAAAGAACAAUGGCCUAAACACUGAAGGUAUCGUGGAGCUUUGA